AUUUUGUGUGAGAGAAAUGAGGCAGGAGAGAGCAGGGAGUUGUAUAUUGUGGUUUGUUUGUUUUUUUUCUUAAUUUUUUUCAGGGGGGGUUUACAGAAGCGAUCGCAUCGGCGAAACAGGGGAGUGAAGGAGCGAAUCUGCGGAUAGACUAGGCUCUAGUUUUAUUUGAUUUAUUAGCGCACUCCCUGUUCAGCAACGGCGACUGAAAGGGCAAGACUGAGGGAAAGAGGAGGGCAAAGAUAAGUGUCAAUCUGUUGAGACUUGUUUGGGAAUUUGAGCGAAGACGGGAGGUGGGGGAGAGAGGGACAGACAGAGGGAGCAAGGACGGGAAAGCAAAGCAAACUGAGGCGUAAACAUUUCACUUUUUACCAAAGGUUAAGCCAGUGGAGAUUUAAAGCUGAAGUGGAAUGGAGAACAAUCAGAUAAUGUGAACACGAGGGACUUUUUUUUUUUUUUCCCAAGUGUUGUGCAAUCCCAUGUUUCUGAGCUGAGCUAGACAGGGGAGGAGGAGACCAGACCUCUAUCGGAUACUACAUUCAGGUUCUCCAAUAACUAUGGUACUAUGGGGACCAAAAGGCCCAGCUGGACCCUCUUUGACACUUUAAUAAACAUGAGCAUGUCUGACCACAAGCUUCAGCCAGGUGGAAAAGUCUCCCGGGAUCCAAGUCCAAGGCCGGCAAUGACUGUUCGGUCAGAGCAAGAGCGCGAUGGCCCCAGAGAGGAAAACUGGAGGAAAGAAAACGAAGCAGAUAAAAUGAGAGACAAAACAAGAUACAGAGAUAUGGAUGCACCGGAUAGAUGUGAAGGUGACAGAUCUCCUGGGCCCAGGUCGAGAGAGGGAGAACGAGAGAUGUGGGAGAGAGAUAGGAGGAAAGAAGAUGGCAGAAGCAGAAAUGGGAAGCUGCUGUUAAAUGUAGAGAAAGAGACUCAAGAGCUAGAAAGGAGGGCAAAGAAAGGUGGCACAUUUCCCAGAUUUAAAAAUGCUGUUACAAGUCCAGAUAGACGAUUGAUGUCUGUUACUGAGAUAGGUGAAGAAAGAGGGAAAAGGAGGCAGAAAGAUAGAACCAAAAGAGCAGAGACAGAUGCCUGGGAGCAAGAAAGAGAGAGGGCAUGGCAGAGAGAGAGGGAAAGAGAUGAGGUUAUAAGCAGGGUAAAGGAAGAGGGGAAAACCACUGGAAGAAGAUACAUGGAACAUGAGAAAGUACAACCGAGGGAACGAUAUCAGGAGUCUGAUAUUAGGUUUCAGGACAGCAGAAGAGAAGUGGCUGAUUCAUGGGUUAGAAGAGAACAAAUGAGAGAAAAGCCAAUGCUUGACACGGGCGAGAGGGAGGUGAGAAUGGCUUUCCUGCACAGAAGAAAGGACAUCAAGAACUAUGGAGAUAGAAAGGAGAGUGAAAAUGCACAAAGGAGAGAGAAAAGGAGAGAUAUCAGGAGUGAAGGUGAUGAUGAGAGAGAGCUGAGGAGGGAAAGAAUGAGAGACAGAGAUGGGGAGGAAUUGAUGUGUCAGUACAGCAGAAGUGAGGGGGACAACAAAAUGGCAAGGGAGAGAGAUCGAGAGAGGCAGAGAUACAGAGCCAGGGACAGAGAAAGAGAAGUGGAUAGAUCCAGGGGGGAGAGAGCAGAGGAAGACCACGAACAAUACAGAGACGGUGACAGGAGGGCAGCAAGACCGGCAGACAGGGAGGGGAAGGAAAGUUGGAGAGACUUAGACAACAGAGAUGACAGAAAAGAGAAUGAACAAUAUAGAGAGUACACGUAUGGGAGAAAUGGGAAAAGGAAGGAAAAACAGGCUGAUACUCAGAGAGUUGACAGAACAGACAGAAUCAGUCGAUCACCAACUGAGCAGGCUCCCAGGGUGCCACCAAGAGCCCAGAGUAGUGGAGAGUGGAGCAGUAAUCCGGACAGUGAGAUGAGAUAUAGAAGAGACAGGGGCAGAUAUGAAGAUCAGGAAUCAAGGAGAGAGGGCAUGUUCGAAAGGGAAAGAGAAAGAGAAAGAGAAAUACCGAGAGAUCCAGAACAAACUGCUGACAAAAGGCAAAUAAGAAAUGAGAGACAAGAGAGUGAUAAAGGAGAGAAGACUGGCAGUAUGCCGGAACAGAGAAGGAUGUGGUUAGAGCCACAGAGGGGCAAGAAUAGCAAAGGCAAAUUUAUAGACGGCGAGAGGCACACAGGGUGGAAAGAAGAAGAAGAGACGAGUAUGGAGUUGCAGGCAGAGAGGGGAAGAGAUGGGUGGCGAAUAAAAAAGGAACCAGAUGAAAGGUGCUUGGAGCAAAGCAGUUAUAAGCAAAGUCAGGGGGGGAGGAAUGAGUACAGGGAAGACACAGAGGGGGAGCGAGAGGGAGUGAGUGUAGAUGAAGAGAAGGUGGGUGAAAUCUGGAGGGAUAAGGGAGAGAAAGAACAUUUACCUGACAGUGAUGGAGGGAUAGAGGAAAGUUCGCAGAGGGAUGAAGGGGAAGACGUCAUAGAUGACAUAGAGAAGAAUGACAGAGAGGAGGAGAGUGGGAGCGAUUACUGGGCACGCUAUGAGAGUGAAGGAGGAAGUGAGGCAGGGUGGAAGAAAGAGAGAGACAAAAUGCUGGCCCCAGAGAAUGGCAUUGUGACUGUGUCAAGUGGAGGGGAGAAUGAGAGAGAGGACACUGAAGAAGAGUUUAGGGACUGUCAGGAAUUCCAGGAAGGUGGAGCCCAGUCACCUGCUGGCUUCAAGGGCUAUGAGAGAGAUCAGAAGAGGGAGGAAGAACGGACAACGGGAGACGAGGAAACAGCUGACGGGGAGGAGAAGCAGCCAAAGUACGUCUUUGUGGUUGGGAAAACUCUUCCUCAAUCACAGAACAGCAAGAUUUCACCAUGGCAGGCUGAUCAGAUAGAAGAAGUGAAAAGAAAUGACCCGAAUUUAGAAACUGAUCAUCACUUGAGUUGUAACGCCACGCAGCAGCCUCAGGACGACUUGCAUCAGACAUUAAAUAGAAAUGAUGAGCACCCAGUGAUAAACAACCAGGACACAGAAAGUGAGCAUAAAGUUCAGAGGGAGGAGAGGCUUUCUACAGGACAAGAAGCUGAAGGCAAUAUCCAGUCCACAGCACCUUCAGACAUUCAUGACACAGAGUCUAGUGAGGAAAUGAGGAGCAAAGUAAGGAAUCUAUACUAUGGAUUGGGAAUAGCGAAAAGAGACUCAAAAACAGAAAGACUCCUCAAGGAAUGGAGAGAGAAAAAUAAAGAACUAACAGGAAAAGGAGGAAUUCAAGCUUCUUUUUCUCAAUCGGACUUAGAUCGCCUUCAGCCAAUCUUGGAUCAGAUAAACACUGGAGCACUGAGUCCGGAGGAGGUGGAAGCUAUUCGGAUCAGACUGAGCGGGACGUGGAGCAUGUCUGAGGAGCCCAAACGGCGCUCCCAAGCCCCCCACCUGAGGUGGGCUAAAGAUGUGGUGCGUGAGAUCCUGGGACAUUCAGAGGAGGAACCAAGCACAGAGGCACUAGACAAUCAACCAGUGGCCAACCAGUCUGAGAUCAGCAACACCAAGGAACAAGAAGAGGUUGCAGAAGAAACAAGGGAGGUGCCUGUUAUUAAGUUGAGUACGGACGAAGAGGACUUGGAGCCAGAGCUGGAAGAGCUGUUCGAUGUGAGAGAUGAUGAGGAUGAUCGGAGCAAAAGCUGGGGAGAAGUGGGGCUGAGGAUUCUUUUGGGCACAAUUGAGAAACGGAGAAAGAAUUCAAAGUUUUUCAGUGCUGCACAGCUCUAUCAGCAGUACAGCGAGGCAGCACAGAACUUUGAGAUCCUACGUCAGGCUCGUUCUGAAACCCUCUCUGUGUGCGAGGACACUACUUCAUCUCCUCUCCCCUCACCUCCUCCUGCCCGCAGACCUCUUCCUCCCGUACCUCCACCAAUACAUCCAAGCUUGCCUCUCCCUGAACGCCCCAGGGGUGAACGUAGAGCCUCUUCCCCACGUCUGUCUAUCGCACAGUCUUCCUCGCUGUGGCGAGAUCUGCCGGGGGUCAGGGACAAUGCUGAGCUAGAGGAGCUCACAGAUGACCAGAGGCGGCUGCAGGAGGUGAGGUUUGAAGUUGUUACCUCAGAAGCCUCGUACUGCCGGAGUUUGGAAAUUGUUGUUAACCACUUUGUCAAGUCUAAACAACUGGGGAUGCUAUUGACCACUCAGGAGAGGAACUGGCUCUUCUCACGGCUGGUUGAUGUUCGUGCCAUUAGCCACAGUUUUCUGUCAAAGCUGGAGGAGCGGGUGGAGUCAGACGUCAUGCACUUUACAGUGUGUGACAUCAUCAGCACGCAGUGUCCACUCUUCAGGAAGGCUUACGUGCCCUACCUCACCAAUCAGUCCUAUCAGGAUGCAACCUAUCAGCGGCUCAUGAACGAGAAUCCGAGGUUUAAAAUGAUUGUGGAGAAAAUAGAGAGGAGCUCUGUUUGUGAGAGACUUCCUCUUCGAUCCUUCCUUGUGCUGCCCUUCCAAAGGAUUACAAGACUUAAGUUGCUGGUCCAGAAUAUUGUCAAGAGAACAACACCCGGCACUGAAGAGGCAACACAGGCCAUCAAAGCUUUAAAACAUCUGGAGAAGAUUAUUCAAGAGGGUAAUGACAGCAUCACCCAAAUGAAAAGCAUCGAGUCUCUGGUCUCUCUCAACUCUAAGGUGGACUUUGAGUGCAGGACUCUUCCUCUGAUCAGUCAGUCUCGAAGAUUGGUUCGAGAAGGUCCUGUCACUGAGCUGAUGGAUUUCUCUCUUAAGGACACAGAAAGAAGUGUUUACUUGCACCUCUUCACUGACUACUUGCUGCUUUCACUACCAAAGGAAGGGGGAAGAUUUACAGUAAUUGAUCACUGUCUGGUAUCAGAGCUGCGGGUAGAAAACUGUCGCGUCAAACUUCACUCCCUACAGAAGAACCUGUUCCGGCUGCAUAUGACGCAAAAAUCCCUUCUUCUAAGGACUGAUGCACAGAGCGAUAAGCUUCGUUGGAUAUCAGCCCUCUCCAGACCACAUCCUGAAAUAGAUUUUUCUGCUGCACAAGAUUUCGAACAGAUGCAGUGUAUUCGAGCCUUUGUUGCCCAGCAGCCAGAUGAGCUGUCCCUAGAAAAAGCUGAAGUAAUCCUGGUUCAUCAGGAAAGCAGCGACCAUUGGGUAGAGGGGACCAGGCUCUCUGACCGGCAACGUGGAUGGAUACCUAAGUCCCAUCUGGAAACCAUAAUGAGCUCCAGAGUCAAAACACGCAACCUGUUGGAUGCUCUCAAACUGACAGCAGCCAAAGCUGCAGUCUGACCUCAGAGUGGGCCUAAAGAGAGAGAUGAUUUGAAUGCACCGUAAAGGAUCAAACUCAGUUAUCUGCAUCAGAAACUGCUGGAUUACAGAUAAUGGACAUCAAGUGACAUUUCUAGAGGACAAUGCAGCAGCUGAAAAUGAUGUAAUGAAAAUGCAUCUCAGUGUAGCACUGGCUCUUGGUUGAUUCAUGCGUUGGAACAGUGUAUUGCAGCAGUGUGAACUGCUGCAGCCUGCCUGAAAGUACGAAAGUAAAGACUUUUUUAACUGCUAUGCACAGUACAUUACAAAUAUUGUGUGUACAUCAGUAGAUUUUAAGAGAAGUAUUUUCUAAUGGAAAUCAUCUUUUCCCAAGAAAUGUUUUUGGAAAAUAUAUUUUUUUUGUGUGUAUUAUAUGUUUUUGAAAAGUGGGCCCCUGCAUGCAUGAGAGUGGACUCAUAGAAAAUCUGCAGGACAAUUCUAAGAUGUACAGAGCUUCAUAGGCUAUAUAGGACACAUUUCAAUGAAUUCAGACUGGUGGAAUUAAAACAUAUUUGAACAUUGUGUGUGACUUGACUUUGAACUGUGGCUGUUUGUUUUUCAGCAUUAAAUCAAUUUUGGUCCUUUAUGAGCAGCAGACAGUGCCAGGAUUCUGAUUUUGGGUGGGCCAGAGUACUUUGGGUUGGGCCUUGUAAUUGCAUAAGUCAGUGGUUUUAAUACU